AUGAUGAUGCUGGCAUCGGUGUCCAAGUACCUUAGCGGCAGCUUCGCCCUUCGCGGCGACGUCAACCGGCUCAAAGACGCGGUCAACCUCGUCCAGAAUGGCUUGGUCCCGCUCAUUUGCAUCGACGUCGAGGCGUGGGAGCGCCAGCUGCUGAAAGUCACCGAGGUGGGCAUCGCCAUCUACGACCCGGCGCUGGGCCCCUCCCUUUUCCCCACCAUUGAAACCACCCAUUUGAUCGUCAAGGAACACCUCAAUAUGGUCAACGGCCGCUUUGUCCCCGAUAAAAAGCACCAGUUCAACGGGGCAAAGCUGUACGUCAUCUCCCAGCGGGAAAUGGCCGAAUUCGUCCGCAACCUGCUUUUGCGGUUUCCCCGGUACGCCUUCGUCGGCCACAAUUUUAGUGGCGACGUCGACUGGCUCCGCAGUCUUGGCAUUAACGUCCCGCUGGACGUCCCCGUGAUUGACGUCGCCGACAUCUGGCAGCUUCUGCGUAACGCUGGCGGAACCCUCCACGGAGUACUUGAAUUUCUUGAUAUUCCUCAUUAUAAUCUUCAUAACGCUGCUAACGAUGCUUACUAUACCCUUUUGGCGGCGUUGGUGAUCACUGACCCUAAAGUGAGACUAAAGAAAGGGUUGGACACUUAUACCGAAAUCAAAGGGUUAUCCAAGAGCCAGAAGCGGAGACAGACGUUCCAAAAGACGACGCCGACGGAACAAGUCACCCUGGGGGCGGCGUUAUACCACCGUCUCCUCGCCCCUCCCUCUACGAGCACCAGUCUGACGAACAACAAUUAA